AUGGCUGAGACGACGUUCACAGCGUGGUCCCGAUCGAAAAAGUCCGCCGAACACGCUGCUGCGGAGAAGGCACUGGCAAUCCUCGUCUCCAAGGGCGUACUGAAGGCAUCGCCUCCUCCCAAUGGAGCCGAUGUGACUGCAAGACCCGGCAAGGCGAUCGACUUCACCAUGCGAGAGGUGAACUUCACGCCGGAUCGCUUGCGCACCCUGUGCUCUGCGGCAAGUUUUGGGAACAAAUCUGUAGUGAUCUCCGACACUUCAGGGGAAGAAACGGACUUGCCAGCAGUGAACGUGGACGCUCUCUCCAAGGAAGCAUUGCUGCUGGAAUUGAAGAAGGCCCAGCAGAUGAACCAGCAGCUCAAGGCAGAGCUCUCCCUGGAGCAGCAGCGGCGGAUGGCGGUUCUGACAGCCCUCAUCCAGGCCAACUGAGGGCGCCCUUUUCGAAUCCGCGUCGAGGCACUUCGAAAAUAAAUUCAGAAAUGAAAAACGGCCAGGCCACGGGCACGAGCUGUACACUCCAGAUCAGGGCGCGGGGCUUUGCCAUAAUCACAGCUCUGCUGCUGUGGUAAUUUGCUGAUCAAAAUACAUCAAUGCGGCGCUGUCCUGUGCGCAGCACCUUGGCUCUGGCAAAGAUUCAAGAGGCUCCGCACUUGCAUGGCAGAGU